AUGGAAAGUGCAGAGUGGAAGGAUUGGAAGGAUUGGUGGAAGGGUGAUGAGGGCUGGUCCCAGGGCUGGAACCACCAGUCUUGGGGCGGGCAGGAACAAAGGGUCGACCGCAGUCGGCCUGCAGCCGAAAAGGAAAAGCUGUGGCAGUCCUGGGGACAACAGUGGGGAGCAGGCACAGAAGAAGAGAAGGCCACGUGGCUUGAAGUUGCCACAAAGGGCCACCAGAAAGCAAGCCAAGAAGAAGGAAAAGGAAAAGGAAAGGAAAAGAGCAAAACUGCUGAGAAGGGCCAGGAAAAGGGAAAAGGAAAGGAAGAACCCCGCCAGGGCAAAGAGAAACAGGAGGCAGGCCAAGAGAAGGGAAGGGGAAAGGAGAAAGGAAACCCUGCCGACAAGGGCCAGGAGAAGGGAAAAGAGAAGGGCAAAGGAAAAGAAGGAAAAGGACAGGAGAAGGGAAACCUUGCCGCCGAGAAGGGCCACGAGAAGGGAAAAGAGAAGGGAAAAGGAAAAGAGAAGGCUCCGGAGAAGGGAAAAGGACAGGAGAAGGGCAGUCCUGCCGAGAAGGCCCAGGAGAAGGGCCAGGAGAAGGGCCAGGAGAAGGGAAAAGGAAAAGAGAAGGGCCAGCAGAAGGGGCAGGAGAAAGCAAAAGGAAAAGAGAAGGACCAAGAGAAGGGAAAAGGGCAGGAGAAGGGAAACCUUGCCGCCGAGAAGGGCCAGGAGAAGGGAAAAGAGAAGGGAAAAGGAAAAGAGAAGGCCCCGGAGAAGGGAAAAGGACAGGAGAAGGGCAGCCUUGCCGAAAAGGGCCAGGAGAAGGGCCAGGAGAAAGGAAAAGGAAAAGAGAAGGGCCAAGAGAAGGGAACGGCGCAGGAGAAGGGCAGCCCAGCCGAGAAGGGCCAAGAGAAGGGAAAGGGAAAAGAGAAGGGCCAGGAGAAGGGGCAGGAGAAAGGAAAAGGAAAAGAGAAGGGCCAAGAGAAGGGAAAAGAACAGGAGAAGGGAAACCCUGCCGAGAAGGGCCAGGAGAAGGGGCAGGAGAAAGGAAAAGGAAAAGAGAAGGGCCAAGAGAAGGGAAAAGGGCAGGAGAAGGGCAGCCCACCAGCCGAGAAGGGCCAGGAGAAGGGGAAAGAGAAGGGAAAAGGAAAAGAGAAGGGCCAAGAGAAGGGAAAAGGGCAGGAGAAGGGCAGCCCACCAGCCGAGAAGGGCCAGGAGAAGGGAAAAGGAAAGGAGAAGGGCCAGGAGAAGGGAAAAGGACAGGAGAAGGGCAGCCCUGGCGAAAAGGGCCAGGAGAAGGGCCAGGAGAAAGGAAAAGGAAAAGAGAAGGGCCAGGAGAAGGGAAAAGGGCAGGAGAAGGGCGACCAAGAGAAGGGAAAAGGGCAGGAGAAGGGCAGGGCCGCCGAAAAGGGCAAAGAGAAAGGCAAAGGACAGCAGAAGGGGAAACUCGCCCUGCUGCAGGGCAAAGGAACCUCACCAGAGAAGGGCCAAGGCAGGGACAACAAGUUUGGGCUGUGCACAGCCGGGGGUAUGCGAGCUCUCUUCGGGCGAGGCAACACCGGGCAAGCAACCUCUUCCAAAGGCUCUGGUGCCUCUGGUGCCGGCACUGAUCCGAGCCGCAAAAGAACCUUCGAAACGGCCGGUGCUGCAAAGAGCAGUUCCAAAGGCAAGACCGUGGCCAAUGACAACGAGGAUCCGGACUCUAAGAAGUCGCCUCGUCGCACGGACACCACCGAGACAUGGGCCAGCGAUCCCGGAGAUCCGAUGGAUGAAGAAGCGGCCUUGAGUAAGCCGGAAGACAUCGAGCUAACCGAAAGGAAGCGGCUCAAUGAGGGCCUUCGACGCCGCAUGAAGAAUCCGCAAGGACUACGAAAGGGAUUGGUUGAGCAGUGGCAAGCUGCCGUAUCGCCAACGGACAAGUUUGCUUUCUUGAAAGCCUACCUGCUCGAUACGCAGAUGAGUUCCAUCGAGGUGCAGCCCUACUUCGAAGAGCUGGCAGAAACGGUCAACAAUGAGCGGUUCAUAGAACUCCCACUAUGUGAGAUAAAGCAGAAGUACGCCCACCUUCCCGGAGGAGAGAAGUUUAUCCAGGACUUGCAGGCGAACCAGACCGGCAAGACCCACCCGCAGACCUCCGACCCCGAAUGGCGGAUUUACAAAAUUUUCAAGUGUGUGGAUCUGUCUAGAGACUCGCCUGCAUUAGUUGUUCCUGCUGUGUCCGACACCCAUGCAGUCCUUAAGAACCUGUAA